AAAGCGACUGGGUACUGAAUGGCACUGUACUGGGGGGGUAGUCUAUCCCGUUUAAAGGGACCGCAGCAGACAAUUGACCAAAAUAAUAAUAUUGUCAGGAAGACACGAUGGCCCAGAGCUUCACCCAGGAAUACCUUCAGAUCCCGGCGGUCACCAGGGCGUACACGACGGCCUGCGUGCUGACCACAGCCGCUGUGCAACUAGAAUUCAUCACUCCAUUUCAGCUGUACUUCAACCCUGAUCUGAUUUUUAAAAGAUACCAGCUAUGGCGACUGAUCACCAACUUUCUUUUUUUUGGUCCCCUGGGAUUCAGCUUCCUGUUCAACAUGAUAUUUCUAUACCGAUAUUGCCGAAUGCUGGAGGAAGGGUCAUUCAGGGGCAGAACAGCAGACUUCGUCUUCAUGUUCCUGUUUGGGGGAGUCCUCAUGACGCUGUUCGGCCUCUUUGCGAGCCUGUUCUUCCUGGGCCAGGCCUUCACCAUCAUGCUGGUGUACGUGUGGAGCCGCAGGAACCCCUACGUGCGCAUGAACUUCUUCGGGCUGCUCAACUUUCAGGCCCCCUUCCUGCCCUGGGUGCUCAUGGGCUUCUCCCUGCUCCUGGGCAACUCCAUCGUCAUUGACCUCCUGGGUAUGAAUUGGAGUUGGCCACAUUUACUUCUUUUUAGAAGACGUAUUCCCAAACCAGCCUGGAGGGAAGAAACUGCUGGUCACCCCAGGCAUCCUGAAAGCUAUUUUCGAUGCCCCGGAGGAGGAUCCCAACUACAACCCCCUCCCAGAAGAGCAGCUGGGAGACCCCACACAGGGUGCAGGGGAAGAGGGGGAGCAGAGAGCAGACAAUGCUGGGGGGCAGGAGCCCCCUCAAGACCAACUGGACCAAAACGAACAGCAGCGGCGAUAGGAGGGCUUGCCUCCUAGACUGACCUGCAAACUGACAGCAUACUGAGUAAGGGGACAUUGACAAACUGCUUGGAGACAAAUGCAUUAACAGCCUACUGCACAGCUAAGUAGAGGACUGUAAGCAGGGGGUGAUAGUCCCUCUGCUGUAAUGUACCUCUCCUGGUAUCACUAGGGGAGACUGGAGAAAGGCAAUAGGGCUUCACACUGAAAGUGUCAAGCUUUGAUUCGACUAGCAUUUGAGAAUGGGAGGCCAAUACAGAGCACUGUGACUGACUCUCUACUCCAUUUACCUGGAACAGCAGACCUGUUUAUUUAAUUUUCUUUGUUUAAGUGCUAGCUUACCGUUGCCAAUUGUGUGAGGUUUUAGUCGUUUUCUUGUUUACAUGUGAGAAACUAUUCCUACCAUUAAACUGUGUUCCAUUUUUUAAACCACAGUUGCAUGGGACACUUGUGGAAAAGGGAUGGGCUUAAAUUUCCUACAUUUUUUUUCUUUGGAAUGGAUACCCACACAUACAGCUAACCAAGGCCAGUCAUUGGCAGGCUUGAGAAAGCCAGUGGCAGUGCCAACUUUGUUUCUGCAAAUUGAAGUGUUGUAAGUUUGAGGUAUUUAAAAUACAUUAAAAAUAACAGUGAAAAUUAUGGAAGAGAACAUUAAACUGUGUGUAAUUUGUUGAUCCAGCACCCUGCCUCACGGUACUUCAAUCAGUAUUUCAAUAAACCCAGAAAAAUAGUUUGGACUUCCCAUAAUUUAGUUGUUAUUUUUGCUUGGUCACAACUUCCACAAACUGAGGUUCUGAAAGCUCCAAUCACUGCUUUGCCUGGACUGUGGAUUUAUCUACACAUGUGCAGACUGCCUGAAAUUCACCUUUGCAGACUAUUUGUGUCAGCAGCUUUAACUCGCUGCCUGUGUGCAAAAAAAAAACAACCUGAAUGCCAAAUAUAAACAGCCUACAGCAAAUAGUUUGGGAAAACAUUACAAUACACCAGUGGUACUCAAGUCUGGCCGUCAAAUUUAAUUCCAGUCCUGGUCUGUAUUCCAACCAGGUCCUAAGUUAGUUAAUUGCCUCUUAACAGCUUAGGUUACCUACAUUACCUGCUUGGAGUUAAAACCUGGACUGGAUUAGAUCUCAAGGGCCGGAGUUGAAUACCGGUGUAAUACUGUACUGAAAAAGUAACAUCAGCCACAGCAUUAGACAGACAUGUCCGUACACAUGUUUAGCGUUAAUGUUUUCUGUAACUCUGUAUUAAGCUGUUCCAUUUUCUCAUAUAAGCUUUUUUGUGCCUAGACACAGAUCCUGCUAGAAGGACCACUGGUUGGUUGUUUGGGUAAAGUUGAUUUAAACAGCCGCCUAAAACAAUGCAUUAUAACGGUGUGACCAAGGGGCUGGUUCCCAAUAACACAGUAGAUUGUUCUUUCCAGGGAGGUGCAGUUGCUUCCGGUUUAUCAUGUGUUUCCCCAAACCUGUCGAUAUUCUGAAGAUGAUAGUUUUCUUUUAGGCAUCACUUAAUGGUCUCCACUAUAUUAAAGUGCAGAAUAUUUCAUGGUAACCCCCCACAAAUACAAUCAUCCCAGACCACUCUUGGACUUAAGUAGAAGUUCAAGAAUGUUUUGGGGCAUGUAGAGUUUUCCUGCAAAAGUUGUUCCAACAGGGCUCCUGUGAUGUUGAUAAAAGUAGCUGCUGGGAAACAGCCCAUUGAUGUUUAAAGAUGACUAGCUAGCCUUUGGUCAUAACUGUCUAUUGAAUUCAUCUGAUUACUUAGUAUCAGUAUGAUACAAGACUGGUCCCAGCCAGGACAACAAAAGUUCAAAAGUGAUUAUGAACAUGAGCUAAAAGGUCUUAGUUGUUUUUCUUAAAUCUGCAACCCUUUAAAAUAAAAUAUUUUAAAAACCAUU